UUGUGUACCUUCAAUUCGUACUGUCUGAUUCUAUAAAUUAAAUUUUAAUUUUAUCUUUAAAAUGCGGUGAAUUGCUUUACCACUUUACGUUGUAAUUAUCUUAUUCUGUAUUGAACUUUUAUUUUAGAGAGAAACCAAAAGCUAUAAAAAUGGAUGAAAAUAGAAGUGUUGAGGACACGCCAGCGUCUCAGCGACUUACAAAUGACGACUUCAGGAAGCUGUUGAUGACUCCUCGGGCCACCCCGGCUGGGGGAGCCCACCCCGCUGGCUCCGUACGAGAAGCUAUGGCCAAUGCAGGUUCUAUGCCUCCACCAACAGAGAACAAAAGUGAGCUUCGUCGCAAAAAAAAGUCCUACUAUGCUGCAUUAAAAAAACAGGAAGACACCAAACUUGCAGAACUGGCUGAAAAGUAUAGAGACAGGGCACGGGAGAGAAGAGAUGGAGUCAACGAUAUAACUUCAGCAGAUCCAACGAGUAACACCAGUAGUGCUUACAGAGCUGUGGCUCCAGAUCUUAAAUCAGGAAUAGAUGCUAAAGAAAGGAGGCGCCAGAUGAUUCAGGAAUCCAAAUACCUUGGUGGUGACAUGGAACAUACUCACUUAGUGAAAGGUCUUGAUUAUGCUUUGUUACAAAAGGUUCGUUCAGAGAUACAAACCCGUGAACAAGAGCAGGAGGCAGAAAUGGAAAGGCUUGUGUCAGAGCCGGUGGAGGAACCUAUUGAUGAAAAGAAAGAAGCACCACCCUUGGAAGAAGAAAUAGAAUUUAAAAUACCAACAGCGAGAGUCAUUUAUAAUUUAAUUAUGGAACAAAAAUCCAAAAAAGUGAUGCGGAAUGAACUGUUCGCGCCGGGGCGUAUGGCCUACGUUGUGGAAUUAGACGAAGAGGGCACCAUAGACAGUGACAUACCGACGACUUUGACGAGGAGCAAGGCGGACGUACCAGAGGCGGACGAGCGCAGUUCGGCGUCCACCGCUAACGACGUCGUGUUGGAGAAGUUAUCUCAGAUAUUCUCAUACCUGAGGCACGGCAGACAUCGCAAGCUGAAGAAAGCCAAGGAUAAAACUGCGGAGAAAGGUCGUAACGACGACUCUAUAUAUGGCGACAUCGGGGAUUACGUCGCGGGGGACAGGCGAGGCGAAAGACGCGAAGACCGUCCUAGGACUGGCUACUUCGAUAAGCCCCUGGAGACUGAAAAGGAAGAAGGCCCCGGGCCCCUGCCUCGUCGUCAAGUACCAGCGAACCCGGAGGAGCGCGAUAAAAGAAGCGCGGCGCUGCUCUCGCGGCUCGCAGCGGAGCCCGAGGGCUACGCGGAGUGCUAUCCCGGCCUGCGCGAGAUGGACGAUGCGAUCGACGACUCCGAUGACGAAGUUGAUUAUACAAAGAUGGACGCCGGCAAUAAGAAGGGACCGAUAGGUAGGUGGGACUUCGACACGCAGGAGGAAUAUUCUGCUUAUAUGAGCAGCAAAGAGGCGCUACCAAAGGCCGCAUUCCAGUAUGGAGUUAAGACGCAGGACGGACGCAAGACAAGGAAGACCAAGGAUAAGAGCGAGAAAGCCGAACUUGACAGGGAAUGGCAACAGAUUCAAAAUAUAAUACAAAAACGUAAAGCCCCGCAGUUCACUGGUGAUGAGAGCAGUUUCAAAACUCCACGCUAUUAAACUGGGACCAAACGAAGUACUACUAAGUAUUUACUAUGAAAAAAUAUUAAACCUUAGCUUAAGAUUUGUAAACGUGUUCAUAUUGUCUAUUUGUAAAUAGUGCACCGUUCGGAAAUAAAUAAUUCCUUUUGUA